AUGAAUAAAUUUGAUAAGAAGGGUACCGAGAAAGCGAAGGAAAAACAAGGAGAAUCCGCUUUACAUGACAAUAAGCGGAAGUUCUCAAAAUUUAAGAAAGGAUCUCAAUCGGGUAAUAAGAAAAAGGAGAACCCCCCAAAGAGGUCGGGGAAGGCAUUCGUAGCAGCAGCAGAAACAGAAUCGAAAGGAUAUGCGGGGAAUGCACCUAAGUGCAACAGAUGCGGGUUUCAUCACACAGGUAGUUGUCGAAAUAUCAAGUGUGACAAGUGCGGAAAGAUGGGGCACCGCACAGAAAAAUGUUGGGGUAACAACAAGGUGACUAAGAAAGAAGGAAGCAACAGAAACGAUAAUGAACGAGGACAAAACCAAGGCUGUUUCAAUUGCGGUGAUAUGGGACACUUCAAGAAAGACUGUCCCAAAGAAAUCAAAGGCCGCGAACGAGCCUUUGUGGUUGGAGCCAAAGAAGCGCGAUAG